AUGACUGAAGGCCGAAGACGACGCCAGCGAAUAUGUUCUUGGUGUUCCAAGAGUUUUACAAAGGAUGAACACCUGGCACGGCAUAUUAGGACUCACACCAGGGAGAAGCCAUUUGUCUGUGCAAUCUGUAGGAAAGCAUUCAGUCGUCAGUAUGUUAUCGUUGCAGAUACCCAUAUGAGAAGUUUUGUUACUGAUCAAUUCUCCAGUGAUUCUCUCCUGCGGCAUUCAAGAUGUCACCAGCCAUCGGGUCUCCUUCACACUGGAACCAUGUGUCAAUCACUCAAUGAUAAUGAGCGAGUCCAUGUGUCUACUAACUCAAACGAAAACCAUUCAAUGGACGUGCAUGAGCCCCCCACACCCCCACACCAACUACCUUCUAUUGGGCCAAAUUACCCCGGGGUUGUUUCUGAUUCGCGAUCGGCAUCAUAUUCGUUCUCGACCUCAACACACAAUCCACCUUCACUCAGUUUGAAUGCCGAGGGUCUGGCUCAGACACAUCCACAGGGAGGAAUUGUUGGAUUCCCAACACCGGGCUCCCAGUCUAAUCAAACAGGGCCAGAUCCAUCAUUGGACAUUUCCAGCCGAGAUGGAUCGUGGGAUUUUGGCAACUUGAAUACCGAGAUACCAGCAUGGUUUGCAGAUGAUAAUUUUGAUCUCACUGCUCUCAAUUCAGAGAUACUGAUGUCGACUGCUCAGUGGCUUCCUCCAGGAACCACUAGUCAGUGGAAUCAUGAGCCCCUACGCAGCGCUUCUCAACCCUUGGAAGAGAUUCUCUCAUGUAGUGAAGAUCUAGUCCAAAAGAGUUGGUUCACCUUCAUGGGCACAUUGCGAACAGGACAUGUCACACCAGAAACGGGUAUAGAGCCGAUCCAAUUGGAUGAAGCCUACCGUGAGAGCUUAGCCGUGAAGCUCCAACCCCAUGUGCCAUUUCUCCCGCUUCCAUCGACAGACUUCUUGAACCUUUGUGUUCAAAUGUAUUUCACCAAGUUCCACCGCGUUUUCCCUAUUGUCCAUGCUCCAACCUUCCGGCCCUCUUCUAAGAGCUCCCUUCUCUUGCUAUCCAUUUGCUCUAUAGGAAGUCUGUUUGUGGGAUCCUCACAUGCCGCAUCUCAAGGGCUCAAAAUCUUUGAAACCCUCAACAAGGCAAUAUUAUCAUCAGUCGGUCACACUUGUCAAUCUUUGUUGAUUAUUCAGAGGAUUAACCUUUUGCAGUGGGAACGGCACUUCUCGAGGCAAGGGCCCGAGACCAUUGCGAUGAUUCAGGCAGCCCUCAUAGGACAGACAUUUGGACUACUAUCGGGGAGACAGAAAGAUCUGCUGAUUGCAGAGACGUUUCAUGGAACAUUGGUUGUGUGGGCUAGGAGAGCAACUGCAUUGAAAUUAAAAAAAGCAUCAGACUGUAUAAGCUUAAGUGAGUUAUUCGACAGUCCAGAGAAAACCUGGAAGAAGUGGAUUCAGGCAGAAGAAAAGAAUCGACUACUUGCGGGAAUUCAGGUUCAUGAUGUCGAGAUCUCGGAAUUGUUUCUCACAGAUCCAUACCUGCGACAUUCGCCAGGAAAGCUACCACCGCUAUCCGAGGACAACAUUUGGGAUGCAAAAACAGUGGAAGAUUGGAGCCAACAAAUCAUGAGUGAUUUCCCCGUCUCCAACACUCGUACCCAUCAAAGUCUUCAGCAGCCCUUAGGAAGAUCAUCCGCACAUGCCAAUCUAUCUGCUCCAAUUCCAAUGAAACAUGGGUUUCAUACAUAUCUAGAGCUCGAAGGCCUUGCCGCAUCAGCCAUCGAAACCAAAGAUAUGCAUGAUCAAAUGCAACGGGCUUCCUUCGAGAAUGUCCUAAUAGAUUUUCACAAAUUGCAUAUCGGCCUUGACAGAGAACAAACGCCAGAUUCGUACUGUCUCUCUGUGCUAUGGCAUUCAAUCUUCUUCUCUUUAUAUGCCAACAUAAAUCGACUGGAACUUGUGAUUGGCAAAGAUGGCUUUGCCGAGGCGCAAUGCCACGUGGAAUACGUCCGUUCAUGGGCCACAUCCCCAGAUGGACAGUGUUGCGCUCUUCACGCCGCGCUUAUACUUCGUGAAUUAGAGAAAGGGAAUAUCGGAACAGAGCCCCCAAUGCACAUCCCCCGAAUCAUAUUCCGGGCAGCGUUAAUCUGGUUUUGCUAUACUCGUUUUGGAGAAGGAAUUGAAGAGUCACGGCAAACCUUUCAAUUUCCUGCAUUUCAGAAGAUAGGCAUCAAUUGUCAAAAACUUUUAUUCGAGGCCAAUGGCUUCAAAGUCCAGCGACCGUUAGCUUCCGAGUCAAGCACACUCUCUGGCUUAGUGGAUAUAUUGUCCAGGGCUGGUCAUUGGGGGAUUUCGCAGUUGAUGUCGUCGAUUUUGAAUUUUCUACUUCCCGAUGUUAAAGAUGACGAGAGAUAUGUACGAUGA